GAAAAAGAAACUCCGGUUGGAGAAGCGAUCGUCUUCCGAGGCUGUGCGAGCGAAGCUUGAACAGAAAAAUUCAAGUGAGGGAAUCAGACCAGAGCCGCAAUGCUGCUUUCAUGAGGGAAUCGGAAUCGUGCUGAAAGAUGCAUUAGAGAUCUCAUGGAAAAGGCAACGAAAAUACCUACGAGAUCUCAUGAAGAAUGGAAAGUCAGACCCUAAAGCAACAUUCCAUCCUUGGUCUUGUCUGGCAGAAGUUGCUUUACUGCAUUAUCACAAGGAACAGGGCAUUGAGCUUGACCUUGUGAAAAUGGUGAAAGAAAAUGGCAAACUCUCAAGGUUAGAGCCAGGAGCAUAUCAUCACAUCUUCUUCAAGGCUGUGCACAAAAAUGUUGAUUGGCCCGACUUGCCCCCACAAUUGUUUUUCGCUGAGAUUUUUGACUGUGGUGUGAAACUUCAUCCCACUCGUUGUUUUAUCAUUAAACCUUAUGAUGAUCCUG